CUGACAACACCAAUAAAUAAAUAAUUGAAUAUUAACGGGUUUUCAGGCAUAUACAAUGACAAUACUUAAAGAAAUUGUGCAUAUCAUUAAGGUGUGACAAUUAUUACUCUCAUGUUUUGUAUUUUUUGAAAUGAUAAAGCUUUGUAGGGCACUGAAUUCAUGCAGCUUGUGAAGGGACUAAGAUAGAAAGUUUAUAACGCAUCUUUAGCUGAAGAGCCAAUUAUGGCGAGAACAAAACAGACAGCGAGACAGAGUACAGGGGGUAAAGCACCAGCUCCUCCUCCUCCUCCAUCUGGCCCUCCUCCACCUCCACCACUCCCUGGGGAAGAUGAUGAACUGACAGAGAGUAUAAACCUGAAAAGCACAAAAAUGACAGCAAAGAAAAUUAGCAAGGGUAAAGGUGCAAAUGCAUACGAACUUGACCCAGACAAUGUCGGAAAUAUGCAAUCUGAUACACCUAAUCUCAGUAGUAUCCUUUCACCAUCAGUCUUACUGAGACAAAAGGAAGGCCUGAAAGCGUAUGGCACCGAGGAAGUUCAACUUGAUCGAGAAGGCCUUCUUGAAGGAUCAGGGCAUGCUCGUCGAAAUCUUCCACUUAUAUCAACUUUGGACUACAUGCGUACACACAGUGAACAAGCAAGGGUAGUAACGGUGUUGAAUUUUAGCGGGACUGAUCAGCUGUCCGACAUGUUUUGGUUUAUGGUUCAGCACAAGAAGAUACACAUGCCAAGACUUUCACGAAUAUCUCUCUCUGGCUGUUACGAUUUGACAAAUGCUGGAAUACGAUGGAUGGUUAAAGCAUUUCCACAGGCAGAAUAUGUAGAGUUGAGUGGAAUCAAGAAUUUGACAGAAGAAUCUUUACUGAACAUAAUAUCGAAAUGGGCAGGUUCAAUAGUGCAACUGAAUGUAUCGGGAUCUAGUAUUGGAAUGAUACCUCCCGGGUACCAGGGCAGUAUAAAACUGAAUGGUUGUCCUUUGGUCUCCCCUACAGAAACACUGUAUAAAUCUACUGGUGUGAAAAUUUCUGAUAAAAUGAACCGUCCCACAGAGGACUGGAGCUCAUUUAAGGUAGUGAUAGUUACUGAUGACACGGUUCCGUGGAGUCCCUUAGCGCUUAUCACUGGGGAGAAAGACAUCAAAGCCAGGAAAAAGUUAAGAAUGAAAACAAAUGUGAACAUUGGGAAAUCCACUCAGAUAAACUUAUUUGAAGUGCCAGUGGACUCAGGUUUUGUUGGCAUGUUGGUCAGCAAAGGCAGUAUUGUAAUCAUCCCAUACCUCCUAGCAGAAGAUGGUCCCGACCCAGACUAUCCAGAAGAUAUCUGCAAAAAUAUCAUCAGAGUUUUUACACAGUGCCCUGAUUGUGUAUUUGUGGUUCUUGGAAUUACGUCGGAUACUGGACCUCUUGUGAAGGAAGUAGCAGGCAGAUACUUCAACCUGAUUUCAGAUCUCGUUCGCAGGAAAAUGGAUCAGUUGAAUACUGAGCUCAAAUUUUCUAUUGAAACGAAACUGUUGAUGGGGAGGAUGUUUUACUAUUGUCAGCAGAUGUUUAGUCAUGGCCAAGAACUUCUGCGAUGCUUGAAAAAUAUGGUGAAACCAGACAUGGAUUUAUCACAACCUGAUAGAGAGAGGCCACCAGCCCAGAUUUUACCAUCAAUGAUGAAUAUUGAAGAAGACAAUAAAAGUGCAUUUGAGAAAACAAUUGAAUCAGCCAUAGAUGCCUUGAAAUUUCAUUUCCCAUGGUACUUCAUACCAUACCAACUUGACCUGAAGAAUGCCCUUGUUGCGUUAGAAAAGGAGCGGGUACCGCUUACCAGGACAAAGGACAUUGUGGAUUCCAAGAACACAUCAAGUGGAGGAUUUGCAAAUUUUACUUCACACCCAAAUAAUUUCCUGUUUAUUGGAAAGAUGCUGGAACUUCUGGAUAGAAUGGGGAAAUACCUGUACUACCCAGAACUGGCUGAGGGGUAUGCCUUGUCUGAGUUUACAUUCAUGGAAGAUGUUUACGACAAGCUGCUGAAUGGCACGGCGCCUUGCAAGGCCAGUUGGAGGUUUCUCGGCGCAAACAUUCCAUGCUGGACAAAAGACAGUAUAGCAGGUUUAUGUCCUCAACCUGAGAUGGGUCCAGUUGUGGCAGAAUUGUUACAGAAGAAUGGCUUAUUGUUAUGUAUGCCACGUGAUGUGUGGACAACAGAAUUGUCUGCUGGUGAACCUUAUGCCUACGUACUGUUGAAGGAUUUGCCAUACUACCCUGCAGUAGACAUAGAGGAUCUGUGGCCAGACGGCGUGCCCUCGGAUGAGGUACAACUUGAACGAUACUACACAUUUAUGCCAGGUGUACCAGAUGCUUAUUUUCCUGCUGUUUUGAGAGAUUGUCUUGAGUUAGGUGGAGUACGUCUUUUGUGGAACAAAGGAGCCAUCAUACGGAAGGGCCCAGUUACAGUACUCGUAGAAAUGCUGAAUAAUUCUGAAAACACACAGAUGUUGUUUGUUGGAGCUCGGAUGGUCAGUGAUGGUGUAAAUGCGGACCCUCUGUCUGACGCCCAUUUAGGUGUCUUCAAGAUCUAUAAGGGUAUCAUUAGAGCCUCCGUGAUGAACUUCAAGAUAUAUGCUUUGGAAACAAUUCCUUGUGCAAAAUGUCAUCCUCCGAAGAAUCGCUAUAGAACUGUGAAUGCACGUGGCACAGAGAUAUGGCAGAUGAAAGAACAGUUGCUGAUGAGUUACCAUGCUACACAGAGAAACAUCACCUGCAGAAAUGAUGGCUCUGAGAUCAAAAUACCAGAACUCAUGAAUCCGGCAUCACAUGCUGAUCUUGUUCCAUCACAUUACUACCUUGGCUGCCAACCAUCUUUUAGCGCAUAUAACCGGUGCAUGUUCUGUCAGAACUGUGCAUUUGCCGGGGCAUACUGUGAAGGAAAUCUGCAGAACGGAAAAACCUCAUGGAACUGUAGUUGUGACCGUGAAGGCCAGAUGUGUGGAGUAUGUGGUAUCUGUCAAAGAUGUGCUACUGCCUUGAUGGAAAAAGAGAAACUGUUCCAGUUUUUUGACGAGGAUGGGAAUGGCGUUCUAGACAAUGAGGAGAUGGGUAAACUCAAUGCAGCUCUGUUCAACAUGUUUCCGAGGUUUGGAUACAAGGGACAGGAACCACCUGAGGAUGACACACCAAGUGGAUUUCCAAUGGAAAUAGUGGAGUGUAGAAAUCUGGAGUAUCUCAACAUGUAUUACCAGGGGUUUGUGUCUGUGCCACCAGAGAUAGGUAACCUGCAGGACCUUAAAAUGGUGAACGUCAGUCACAACCCAAACCUGCUGAGUAUACCAGCUGAGAUCGGAACUAUUUCUUCCUUAACACGAUUGGAGAUGGAGGAGUGCCCAUUGUUGAAGACACCACCAAAGGAAAUCCGAGUAAAAGGAUUCUCAACAACAUAUGCAUAUCUGCGUAGACUUAUGUCAGGAUCUUUGCCAUGUAAACGUACCAAACUUAUGCUUGUUGGUCUUGGAGGUGCUGGGAAAACAAGUUUAGUGAAUUCUUUACUCAGUAAGGAUGGAAAAGCCAACCUGUCACAUGGAGAGGCAAUCACAGAUGGAAUUGAUAUAUGUACAUGGACAGUAAAAGCUGGAGAUGAGCAUAUUACAUACAGUGUUUGGGACUUUGCUGGGCAGACUGUCUACUACAAUACCCAUCAGUUUUUCCUGUCCAAUAGAGCUGUAUAUCUACUACUGUGGAAUGUAAGACUUGGUUUUGAGCAUGCAGGUCUGGAUUUUUGGCUGAGCUCAAUAUCUGUUCAAGCUCCAAAAGCUCCAAUAUUUGUAGUUGGAUCACAUAUAGACCAGGUGUCAAAGUAUGAGUUACCUAUCAAUGAGAUGAGGGAGAGGUAUAAACAGAUAGCAGGAUUCCAUUUUGUCAGCUCAUUCACUGGACAGGGUAUAAAAGACUUACAGGAGAACCUGUUUGAUGUGACCUUGCAGCAACAGUAUAUGGGUGAACAAAUCCCUGAAGUCUGGCUUACGUUCGAAAAUAAUGUUAUGGAGUCGAGAAGUUCAUGUAAUGUUAUAGAGUAUUCAGCACUAGAGAAAAUGGCCAACAUUUCGGGAAUAUUUGAGAAGUCUGAGAUAUAUCAAGCUAUCCAGUUCCUCCACGAGUUAGGAAGUCUGCAACAUUUUACCACAGAAAGUUUGAAGUCUAAGGUUAUAGUGAACCCACAGUGGAUUGUAGAUGUGAUGGCUUGUGUUGUGUCAGUGAAAAACUCACCUAUCAAGGAGGGUCGUCUAAAGCAUUCAGACAUCGGUACUGUGUGGAAGGACUAUCCGGCAGAUUUACAUGACUGGUUACUGAAACUGACAGAGGAAUAUGACCUAACUUUCCCUCUGGAACAUGAACCAGUCAACCUUGUGCCAUGUCUGCUGCCAGAAAAAGCACCAGAAUUUACAUGGCCAGAAAUAGAGAAAGAUUCUGAUUUGAAAGAAAACAAAAUGAUCUACAAGUUUGACUAUCUUCCAGCUGGCCUUUUCAACAGGGGACAGGUUAGGUUACAUCAGAUCUCGGACAGUGCUUUGAUAUGGAAACGAGGUUCCUUCCUGAAGAAAAAUGGUCAUAUAGCACUACUGCAUCAAACAAGAGAUUCCGAGUUGAUAGUUCAAGUUCAAGGUCCUCGCCCAGAGAAUGUUAUAUUUCUUGUACAUGAAGUGUUUGAAGGGCUGAUUGCUGAAUCAUUCCGUGGUGUGACGUAUGACUUCCUUAUCCCGUGUCCGGACUGUCUCAGAAUGGCUUUAAAAGACCCACACAUGUUUAAGGCGUCAACAAUCCGGAGAGCAAUGGAGCUGAAGGCACCAUUCUUACAGUGUAUCAAGUACUUUCAUACCAUCUCCUGUAUAGAUCUGUUAGCAUGCAUGCCGCCAGACAAUCACAGUGACUUUGAUCUUCAUUUAGUACAGUCUGUAAGAAGUCUUCGAGAUCUUCGUAAAGAUCUGGCUGCAGAUAUCUUUAUGUCAUAUUGUGGUAAAGAUGCACCAGCCAGUCGUUCAUCAGUGAUCCACCCUGCUACUGUAUGUGAGGAUCUUCAAGCUGUGGGAUAUAAAUGUUGGUUUGCUGCGCCCGGAAAGACGUACUCUAUAGAGGAGAUGGCGAGAGCUCUGACUGAUGCCUCAGUUGUUAUAGCCUUUAUUUCAAAUGACUAUGCUAAAGAUGAGGACUGUGUAAACAUCUUCAAAUAUGCCAGACUGACCUUGAGAAAACCCAUGAUUGUGGUUGCCGUGGGUGAUGGAUUUGAGUGGAAGCAGAGCAAACUGGGAAUUCUUUUAUCAGAUGAGGUUUAUGUGAAUAUGAUAAAGUCCAAGAAGGAAGUUUACCAGUCUAAGUUUGAAGAGUUGUUGAAGGCAGUAUCUAGCAAGACCAAUAAACAGAUAGGUGUAAAUCCCACACCUUCGUGUUUCUUCAGCUACACAUGGGUCAACUCUGCUACAGCUGUCAAGCUAGGAACCAGGUCUGUACCAGGGGCACUUGGCUAUGGUGAUCCAAGAGAUAUCAAGCAGAAUCUGGAAAAGCAUGGUAUAAAAUGUUGGAUUGAUGUAGAAAGAGUUGGGCAGAAUGGGUUGUUUGACGAUAUAGCAGAGGGAUUAUUGAGUGCCCGACUUGUCAUCGUAUGUGUAUCGGAUGAGUACGCGAAUUCAUCCACCUGUAGGAUGGAGUUUAGAUAUGCUGCCAACACCCUGAAAUUGCCAAUCAUUCUGGCUGUAGUUGGAACUGGAAACAACUGGAGAGCAUCAGAGGUUGGCGUUCUGUCACUGAGGUAUCCCAUUGUCAGUUUCCAAGAGAAGAGUGAAACAGCAUACUCCACUUUGCUGUCAAUGGUGAAAGAAAAGCUGAGUGUGGAUGAUCCCGAGACAGAGAAAGACAGGAAAAACAAACAAAACAAUGAACACAAAAAUCUCUCAUUCCAGGAAUUAUUUGAGUUGGCACAGAGGAAGUUGCUACGUCAACUAUGUUUCUAUGCAGAACACCAGGAUGUAGAUGUGUACCCUAGAUUGUUCAUUGUUGACUUCCUGAAAUCUAAACCAGAGGAUGACAUACAAGAAGAAACGGAAGAUGCCGAGGAGGAAAAUCAUUCAGAACCAGGAUCUGCGGAGAAUGCAAACUCAGAGGAGAAACCUUCUAAAACUAAGCCUGUCAAAAAAUUGUUAGAACGCCAGUUGUCAAAAAAGAAAUCUGAAAUGAAGUCAAUAUUUAAGAUGCAGACAUACUGUGUACAUACACUGUGUGAACAUGAUGAGGGAUGGCACAGUGUAACUGAGCCUAUACAUUUACCACAUGACUUUGGAGAGACACUGCUGGACAAGUUCUGUCCCUUAAUAGCUCGUAUGACUGCGGUGAUGAAGUACAAUAAACAUUUCAACUUUAACUGCAUGCAGAGUGAAUUUGGUGAAGAUUAUAUUACAUGGUUGGAAGAGAAUCCACAAGCUACGAUGUCUGACUAUCAGGAGAUAUACCAUGAAUUUAGGCAACUUGUUAUAGACGCAGACUCACACAGGAACAUGGGUAAACUUGCAAGAUGCCGUCUGCCAAAUGGAAAGACAAUAUGGUUAUGUGACAGACACAGGAAGUCAAUGAAGGUGACAGUCCUGAGUUCGGAUGCAACAGCCAACAGGACUACAGAAUCAGUGGUCGCUGACAACAUGUACAUGGUGACUGGUCUCAGAUCUGGACAAAAUGCUGAAUUCAGCAUCAAAUUUACAUCAUCAAGAACUGCAAAAAGAAGAAAAGAAAAUGUUCAAGGAGCCAAAAAAGAUGCAGGGGCAGGAACGUCGGACAUGUACACGACAUAUGAACUUCUGCCAGACAGGAAAGUACCCAAACCUUCAGUAAUGAAAAAGAAAAUGUCUAAAGCAUCUGUAGAUGAAACUGAAACUAAAGCAGAAAAGGGUGAAGAAGAACAUGUAGAAAAAGAAAAAGAUUCAAGUGAAAAAGAGGCUGAAGAAAAACCUUUAAUGAAAAAGAAAACGCAAAUGAAAAAAUCUGCAAAGACCCCAGCAAAGACAGACUUUGAUAUUGAAUCUUCUGCACCAAAAAGUCUUGAAAAUGUCAGCAAAGGCGAUCAAGAAUUACCUAAACAAAAGGACAUAACUCAAGAGGGUAUUUCAAAUCAAGGGAAGAUAACUGAAACAUCUGGACAAAGGGAAGCAACCGAGGAGAAAAAGUCUAAAUUACAAGGGGAAGUAACUAAGGAGUCAGGAGAUAUCCAACAGCCUCAAACGGCAGCAAGAGCAAAAACAUAUUUUGGAAAACCUGGGAAGAAGGAAGAAUUUCCAAAAGAAGAGAAGUUUCAGCAAGAUAGGCCAACAAUGUCAAGGUCAAAAACAACUGUUGAGAAACCAAAAAGUAAAACAUGUAGUCUCAUGUAGUUACAGGGACGUUGUCCCAGGUCUGGUUACAUACUUAAUCUCGGCAUAUUUUCUUGGGUGACGUAAUAAUUUCUGAAUAUUUGUUUUAGAUUAUUUUUCUGAGAUCAGUGCUUUCAAUAGACACUUAAGUUAAAUCUGUUAUUCACAGUUCUAGUAAAUUCAUGGAAUUUUACAAGUUGUUUUUUAUUAGAAAAAAAUCACAAAUAAUGUCAUGUAGUGUUAUUAAUUUUUGUACAGUAUAUACUGAGUAAGAGAAACAUUCCAGUUAGUAAUUAUAUAUAUGAAUAUUUCCCUUAACUUGUUAUAUAAGGAAUGCACAGAUUAGCAAAAGAAUUCUGUGAUUUUGUCCAAAAACUGUCAUGUGGGAACAGCAGUUUGUGAACUUGAUUUUCUUAGAUAAAAUAAAUUGGAAUUUUUUUUUAUUGUGAUUUGAUGUAAUUUGUUUACAACAUCAGAGUCAACACAAAGUAUGUUUGCACUCACAGUGCUUUGGAUGUUAUUUUGAUAUUUUGCUUGUAUUUUUCAGGAAUUUAGUAAUAUAAAUUUUUGUAUCUAUAUUCUAAGAAUCAUAACUCGAUAUAAUUUUUGAAAGAGUCUUUAUUGUUGUUUUUUUUUCUGCUGUUUUUUUUUUCUAGUACUAUUUAUAUAUUUUUUUUUUAUCUAUUGUCUUUACAUUUUGGUUAAGUAAAAGUAUAUUAUACCAACCAAAUCCGGGCUCAUUGUUACCUUUAUUCUUGACCACAAGUGGCUGCUGCAAUUUUAUAUAUUUAAUUUUUUCUCUUCAUAUUUCUAUACAUUAUUUGUAAAUAUAACACUAAUUUCUUUGCUGAUUUUAUUUAGUUUUUCCUAUUGUGAUAUUGACUAAUGUUGUGCAUUGUUAACUUUCAGUGAUAUAUGAGCCACGCCAUGACAAAACCAACAUAGUGGCUUUGCGACCAGCAUGGAUCCAGACCAGCCUGCGCAUCCGCGCAGUCUGGUCAGGAUCCAUACUAUUCGCUAACAGUUUCUCUAAUUGCAAUAGGGUUUGAAA